AUGCGCAGCAUCAAGGACUCCAACACCAAGUACCGCCGCAUGGUGAUCGUGCCGCAGGACGGACUGCAGGAGAGCAGCGAGCGCGCGCUCAAGGGGGACGACCCCGAGCUCGAGAUCGUGCGCACCAACACCCCCAACGUGUUCGCGCACAUGCCGCUCACCGACUACCGCACGCAGCUGCUGCACAUGCGCAACAAGCUGGUCAUCUGGGACGAUCCGCAGAUCUCGUCGCUCAAGCGCGUGGUCUACCUGGACCCGGAGAACCUGGUGCUGCGCAAUCUGGACGAGAUCUUCGCGUGCCACCAGUUCUGCGCCGUGGACAACGGCCAGUCGGUGGUCUACUCCAACGGUCUGCUGGUCAUCUCGCCCGAGAGCAUUGCCGCGCGGAACUUGUACUCGGAUGCCAUUGACGGCUUCAUGAUCACUGGUCGCGAGUACAACUACAUUGGCAUCAUCCAGGGCUUCAUGCCGGGACUCUUUGAGGCGUUUGAGGAGAGCCCGCUGUUCUUCCUUGGCUGGGAUGGAGACGACAAUGGAGAGGAGAGCGAGGGAGCGGACGAUGGGGACGAUGCGGUGGAACCGGUGGACAAUUCCGUCGUCCACCGCCUGCCGUUCUACUACAGCAUCAAUCACAUGGUCUUCUACGAGCGCAUGAACUGGGACUUGUACAAGUGCAAGGACAAGAAUUUGGCCAGGGGGGAGAUCCCCGGUCCAUUGCUGAGCUACAAGUACAGUGGCGCUACAGUGAAGCCGUGGUUCUGGCUGCCGUACGCGUAUUUCCAGGUGUUCUGGUACUGGCAGGAUGUGCGUAGCCGUCUGGGAGAAGACCACUUCGGCUACUUCCUCGGCAAGGUAGUGUCGUUCUUCGUCAUUUUCGCCUUCAUUUGGUUCACCUACGUCUCGCUCUGCUUGAAGCUGUUCACGGAGCCCAAUGGACGCCCGCGGCGUCUAUCGAGCUGGGGAUUGCCCACUCCUGGAAACGCGCAGCCACUGUCUAUCGACGUGUUCAACUCGCGUGUGGUGCGCAGGGCCUGCCAGUUCUCGUGCAGUGCGCUGUAUGCCAUUGCGUCCAUGCCGCUGCUUUCGAGCGUCUCCAUCGUCGUUAUGCUCACGUGGUGCAGCAUCCAGGUGAUCCCGAUCACGAUGCAACCCAGCUACGCCGGCAAGCUCUGGAUCGUCGUGCACGAUCUGAUGCUGACAACACUGCUACUGGUUUUUGCUGUCGCGCAUACGCUGCGUACAGCACAGUGGAAGAAGGACGAGGUGCCUGCAACUUCCGACUUGCUGUUGGGCGGGGUCUGGUGGUGUUUCAAGAAGCUACCGCUGCUGGUGCUGGCGCAGCUUCAGUUCCUCUACAUGAUCGGCCGCACAGAUUGGUUCCAGAACCCCGUGCUGCGUCCAGUUAUGACCUGCGUCAUCUUCUUUAUUGCCGCCAUCGUCGAAGGCCGCAUUCUCGUUGUGGAGAUGCACCGUAUCACACGAAGUUAA